AUGGGGUUCAUCAGAGAACUCAAGCAGGUUCAGGCUCACGGCACCACCAAGCUGCACGUAAUCCACACCAACAACUUGCAGAAGGUGGAGGCCAUCAUCGAUCAGUACGAGCAGCACCUCCAGAUACAACGCAACAAGAUCGUCGGAGUCGAUGUGGAGUACACCUACGAGGCAGCGCACAAGCAGAAGGCCGCCCUCAUCCAGCUGUCCGUCGGCAAGACCCAGCCGGUGCUGCUAUUCCAACUGAGCGCCACCCAACAGAGGUGCACGGUGUUCGACAACUUCCUCCUUGACCCAAGGUACACUUUUGCUGGCUUUUCCAUCGAUCAGGAUAUCGAGAUGCUGCACCGCGUGGACCUGCAUAUCGCGCACUUUGUCGACAUCCAGAAGGAAUGGAGGGUGCCCGGAAGCACCAAGCAUAUGGACUCACUUGGUGACGUCUCCAGCAUGCUCAUUGAUGACUACUACAUGAGCAUGAAGCAGAAGCUUACAAACGGAGAUCACAAGCGUUGGGUGUGCAUGCCCUUGUCCAUGAAGCAUGUCCAGUACGCAGCAAAGGAUGCUUACGCCGCGUAUGAGAUAUGGAGUCGCAUCACCGUCACUCAGGAUGGACUUCGCUAUGCAAUGCUGGAGAAGUCCAAGAAGUGUGGCAGGACCUGGGGAGAUGACGGCUGGUGA